AUGAUGAUUAAUGGUAGAAGAAAGGGUUUGAUUAUUCCCCAAGGCUCCCAAGGCAUUGGAUGGAAAGGGUCUAAAGGAUUGAUGGAGGAUGUUUUUUCGAGUGGAAGGAAUACAAGGAUACAAGAAAAAGAAAAUCAAAUUCUGAUGGUAGUAUCAAAAUCUAGAGUUAGGGAGCAAGGAAAUGGGGGAUGGGCUGAGAUGCAUAAGGAAAAUACUCCUACAAAUAAUAAGGGGGAUGAAAAUAUGCUUAAAGAAGAGGUUAAACUGAGGUGUGUUGUGGUAUGUGUCCAAGCAAGUUCGAUUGUCUCUUGGGAUGUACUCCAGGCAUGCUUGGUACAGGCUUUAAAAAUGAAGAUUGAUCUACAGCCUUUCCAACAGUUGAAGGUCUACCAUUUCAUCUAUGGUAGCCUGAAGUCUAAGAAGAUCAGGGAUUGUUGUGGGGCUUUCAUUGAAGUUGAUCGGCAAACAGAAAAUCUCAAAAAUUUGUUUGAAGCUAUAAUUAGAGUUAAGGUGUUGAAGAACACAGGAUUGUUCAAUCAAAACGAAAAAGGAAUACUACAAGGUGAAGGUAGUAAGGAGAUUUUGUGUAUUGGGCAAAAGGUUGAAGACGAGAGUUGUAGCAUAUUGGAAAAUCAAUCGGCCAAAAAAGAGUUGCAAACAAAAGGGGGAUUACGUGUCAAGAAGAGAAAGGAGAAGGAGGAGGAGGAGGGAAUCUAUGCACCACAAGGCCAGAAUAAAUGCAAAGAUUUGGUUUGA